CCCUUAGUCUCUGGGAUAAAGAAACACACAAAGAAGAACAUGGAGAAGCAGAAGCAGGCAAAGAUGAUGUAAGUACUGCGGGUUUGAAAUUUAUCCCCGUCGGUGAUUCUGAUUCUGUGGUGGUUUCACCAUGAAUGGCUACUAAUCGACAGCGCCGCGUAGAGGCCCAGAAAAAUUUGCUGUCGGUAUGAUUGCACCCUCACUUGGGGUGCAAUUAUAGGUGUCGAACGCGGGAGAAUGAUUCAAACGUAAUCUUCUCCUUACUGCCAUUUCAGUAAAGGCUGAUCAAGCGUUAUGAUUAAAUCAGGCAUUCAAUGGUUGCAGAGGUCACCUUCGUUUCCUCAUGCAAGCGUGCUUCGCACGAAGAGAACCGUGAUAUUUCGACGCAUGGAUAUAGCAAUUCUGGCAAACACGUAAUCGGUCUAGGCAAUUUGUGCUUUUCUCGAAGAGACCUAAGGGGUCCCUAGACGGUUUCCUAGAUAGUUUCCUUGACGGUCUUCUGGACGGUCUUCUGGACGGUCUUCUGGACGGUCUUCUGGACGGUUUCCCAGACGGUCCACGUUACUAGGCCUACGCUUGACGGGCGUAUAGAAAAAACCAGGUCUGCAGUAGUUGGCCUUAGCUAAAAAUGGGUUUUGAGCAACUUGCUUCUAGUCCGCCGUAUGCAUGGCUCGGACCGACCAUGGCCGGCAGACUUGCCCGCAUUGGCAACGCUCCGCGAUGCUCAUGCAGGCCGCCCGCGAGCUCCAAGCUGCUUUGUCGGCUGCUUCGUCGGCUGCCCCCGGCCCUUCGAAGGGGAAGCCCAAGAGGGGGGGGGGGGGGGAAAGGCCCCGCGAGGGGAACGAGACCCCUCCCCCUAAAAAAAAUCAGCCUCCCAACAAGAAGUGGCCGACUCCCACCAAGGAGCUGUACAAGAGGGUCUCCAACGAGGAGAUCGACAAGGAGCUGAAAAAGCUCGCUGACCUUUGUGGUGCCACCCGGGAGAAGCUGUCUCGCCUGGAACGGCGUGUUCGCCUCCUGGUGGAGAUCCGAGCAGAUCCUGCUCGUCAGGCUCUGCCCGAGGGCGACAAGGAGGAGAUGUGUAAGGGCUCAUGGAUUUAUUUUGCCGCCGAUCCUCGCUAA